CCGUUGCGCAGUUCGGUCGCUAGUGUGGUGUUGCAGCAAUGAAUAAGUUAAGCAUUGUGAUAUUGUGCUUUGUAGCACUUUUAGUAAUUGACGCGUCCGCCCAGCUCGACACCCACGGUCCCUACCAAGGCAAGCGGCAGAAUGAGUUCGAUUUGAAUUUUCUGAAGGAAAUUUUCAAAAACCAAAACUCAAACGUCGUCCUGUCACCGUUCUCGGUGAAGAUCCUGCUAACGCUCAUCUACGAGGCUUCGGAUACGAGCCUCGGCAGCUCGGUGUCCAACACCAAGCGCGAGCUUAGCACUGUCAUUCAGAAUGAUAACAUCGAGCAGACACGCAGCUACUACAAGCAGCUGCUAGAAUCGGCCCAGCAAGAUCACAAGGACUUUGAUCUGAACAUUGCAACCAACUUCUUCGUUGACGAUUUCAUCGAGGUCUUCAAUAAGUACCAGCAAAUUGCCAGCACGCACUACCAUGCAAUGGUCGAUCAGGUGUCAUACUCGAAUCCUUCGCAAGCGGCCGCCACCAUCAAUAACUGGGUGUCGCAGCACACGUUCGGUCGGCUGCGGGAAAUCGUCACACCGGACAACCUCGAAGGUGCCGUCAUUACGCUUAUCAACGUCAUCUACUUCAAGGGGUUGUGGACGUUCCCGUUCCCGGAGGUGGCGAACAACGUGAAGCCGUUCUAUGGCUCGCGCGGUAAACCAACCUCGGCUCAGUACAUGGAACAGAACGGUCACUUCUACUACGACAACUCGGCUGAACUUGGUGCACAGAUCCUACGACUUCCGUACCGCGGAGACAAGCUGGCCAUGUACUUCAUCCUGCCGAACCCAGACAGCUCGAUCAAGCAGGUGCUCGAUCGUAUCAACAGCGAGUCGCUCCACUUGGCACUGUGGUAUAUGGAGGAGAACGAGGUCAACGUGACCAUCCCGAAGUUCAAGAUCGACUUUAGCGAGCAGUUGAGCGAACCCCUCCAGCAGAUUGGCAUCCGUGAAAUUUUCUCGCAAAAUGCGUCCCUACCGCUGCUGUCACGUGGCCGUGGAGCCCGCAAUGAAGUGCGCGUUUCUAGGAUUUUCCAGAAGGCUGGCAUCACCAUCAACGAGCUCGGUAGUGAGGCGUACGCAGCAACCGAGAUUCAACUGAUCAAUAAGUUCGGUGGAAAUGGGGUGCAGAUCUUUACCGCCAACCGGCCGUUCAUUUUCUUCAUCGAAGACGAAACCCUCGGCACUAUGCUGUUUGCGGGCAAGAUUGAGGAGCCGACCUUUUAGGCCUUCCGCUCGACGUUCCUUUGUUGGCGUACCAUAGGUUGCCCCCCCCCAAUAACCGUUCAAUCCACGUCAAUAAAGCUAGUAACCGGUCCUGAACCAGGGUGUGGCAAGUGCAAACAACCUCGAACGAAAGAUACCCGUUAUCGAAUCUUGAUCAAAGACUCCAUAAAUUUCACGCACGAGCUAACACUGCGCAGGGGAUAGCAAGCGUUGUUUCGAAGAAUUUCCACAAACAUCAAUCAUUCGGCGCUAUCGCCCCGAUCGAUCGGUCAGUUAUAAAU